GACAGCAGGAUCGAAGAGUCGGAGCCCAAGAAGCUCUUCACAUCCAUGCCUGCGAUCUUUGUCACGGCCACGACAGCAAAGGACCUGAAGGCGAUGGGAUUGAACUACGGACCCCACGGCCCUUACAACACCGCCGUCUACAAGUAUCCAAAGC